AGUCUCCUCUUGGCCACCGGUGAGGGAGGGUGUGCUGGCUGUCUUGGAUUGGGUUUUAUGUUUAUUGUGUAGAACUUAAGAACACAGACGUGAAAGAUGCCCGUGUUUCACACCAAGACCAUCGAGGGCAUCCUGGAGCCCGUGGCCCAGCAGGUGUCGCGGCUGGUGAUCCUGCACGAGGAGGCCGAGGAUGGCAACGCGAUGCCCGACCUGGAGAAGCCUGUCAUGGCAGUGUCCAAGGCUGUCGUCAACCUGGUCAAGGUGGGCCGGGAGACCAUCAACAGCAGCGAUGACCCCAUCCUGAAGCAGGACAUGCCAGCAGCCCUGCAUCGGGUGGAGAGCGCUUCAAAGCUGCUGGAGGAGGCAUCGUCCCUGCUCAAGGCCGACCCUUACUCCCAGCCAGCAAGGAAGAAGCUGAUAGAGGGGGCACGAGGCAUCCUGCAGGGCACCUCGGCGCUGCUGCUGUGCUUUGACGAGUCCGAGGUGAGGAAGAUCAUCCGGGAGUGCAAGAAGGUCCUGGACUACCUGGCAGUGGCCGAGGUCAUCGAGACCAUGGAGGACCUGGUGCAGUUCGUCAAGGACUUGUCUCCCUGCUUGACUCGGGUGUCGCGGGAUGUGGAUGCACGGCAGCAGGAGCUGACGCACCAGGUGCACCGGGAGAUCCUGAUGCGCUGCCUGGAGGGAGUCAAGACGCUCUCUCCCAUCCUUAUCUGUUCCAUGAAGAUAUUCAUCCAGAUCUUCCACCAGGGAGGCAAAGGCAUCGCCGAGGCCGCCGAGAACAGGAACUACCUCACAGGGAGGAUGACGGACGAGAUCAACGAGAUCAUCCGAGUGCUGCAGCUCACCACCUACGAUGAGGAGGAGUGGGAUGCUGACAACCUGACUGUCAUGAAGAAAGCCCUCAACGCCAUCGACGGCAAGGCGCAGGCUGCCCACGACUGGCUGCAGGACCCCACAGCACUGCGGGGAGGCAUUGGGGAGAAGUCCCUGCGGCAGAUCCUGGCCCAGGCGGACAGGGUGGCUGACAGGUCACUGCCAACGGACCGCGAUGUCAUCAGGAAACUCUCGGGAGACAUCUCCUCCAUGACCGAUGCCUUGUGUGAGCUGAGGCAGGACGGCAAGGGAGCCACACCUCAGGGCCAGAGCCUGUCCCGCAGCAUUGGGGAGAAGCUGAACGAACUGAGCGGCGCCAUCUCUCGCGCAGUGAACAACGUGGAGCGCAGCGGCGUGCAGCAGCCAGCACACACGGUGGCAGGACGGCUGGAGCAGGCGCAACGCUGGCUUAACAACCCCUCCAUGGAUGACAAGGGCCUGGGCCAGCAGGCCAUCGGCCUCAUCGUGGAGGAGGGCAAGAAGGUUGCGUCGGGGCUGACCGGCCCAGCAAAGUCUGGCAUCCUUGCACUGUGUGAGGAGGUGGACAGCCUCUCCCAGCAGCUGUCUGAGAUGUGCCGCCGUGGCCAGGGAGAGACACCCCAGGCACAGGCGGUAGCCAGGGCACUGUCCUCUAAACUGAAGGAGCUGAAGGACAAGAUCCAGACGGCUGUGGUGGACAGAGUUGUGGAGGACUUUGUGGACAUCACCACACCCCUCAAGCAGUUUACCGAUGCAGCACUGGCGCCCGAGGGCACACCAGGCAGGGAGCAGACCUUUGAGAACAAGGCAAACAACCUCGCCAACUUCAGCAACCGCGCUGCCAAGACGGCACUCAUGGUUGCUGCGGGAAGCUCCGGCAGUAACAAGAAGCUGACUGAGGCUCUGCUGGCAUCUGCUGGACAGGUGGAGAGCCUCACGCCUCAGCUGGUUGCCGCCGGCCGCAUCCGCAUGACGUACCCGACCAACAAGGCAGCCGACGAGCACUUUGAGAACCUGCGCCGCCAGUACGCUGAGAGCAUCCAGAAAGUGAGGGACCUGGCUGACGAGGCGACCGACUCGGCAGCAUUCAUAAAGGCUUCAGAGGACCUGAUCAAGAAGCACACGGCUGCCUGUGAGGCGUCCAUACAGAACCAUGAGCCACAGGCCAUGGUGGACAACACCAGCGCCAUUGCCCGCCUGGCCAACCGUGUAUUGAUGGUGGCCAAGCAGGAGGCUGACAACUCUGAGGACCCAAGCUUUGUAGCCAAGGUCAACGCUGCCUCAGACCAGGUGCAAGUGGCUGUGACGCCCAUGGUGCAGAACGCCAAGGACGUGGCCAUGAACCCUGACGACCAGCGUGCCAUUGGCAGGUGGCGGCAGUCCAACCACGCUCUGCUGAGUGCAGUGGGCGAGGUGCGACGAGCAGUGAUGGUGUAUCCCGAUGAGCCAGCCAUCCCGCCCCCGCCCGACAUGUCCUCCCUCACCCUCAAUGCGCCACAUUAUUUUUUGGAUGAGACAGAUGUUGGGCCAAGCAAUGGACACACGGUGCCGGGCUCCCAUCCUGUUCUGUAUUCUGAGCUAGUUGGUGGUGGUGUUGUUGGUGGUGGUGGUCAGGCUGGGGCGGGUGUGGCCCCCAGCACUGCCCUGGACCACCCUCACUCCUUCCACUCUCCACAUGCCGGCCUGGCAGCGGCUGGGCACAGAUGGGGCAGAGGGGAGCCGUCAGAGACUCACUAUGACAGCUACACAGACGAUGAGCUGCCCACGGACCCUUUCCCCUGCUACAGAGAUCAAGCACCACCACGCCCCCCACUGCCUGGUGGGGAGAAGGCUCCUCCUCCCCGCCCCCCUCCACCAGAGACUGAUGACGAGGAGGAGACCAAAAUGUUCAGUGAAGUGCCGCAGCCCAACCAGCCCAUCAUGAUGGCUGCGCACGGCCUGCACCAGGAGGUGAAGCAGUGGUCGUCAAGGGACAACGAGAUCAUUGCAGCCGCCAAGAAGAUGGCGCUGCUCAUGGCUCAGCUGUCACAGCUAGUCCGGGGCGAGGGCGGAACCAAGAAAGACCUGAUUGCUUGUGCCAAGGCCAUCGCCGAGGCCUCCGAGGAGGUGACCCAGCUGGCCAAGGACCUCGCCAGGGAGUGCACCGACAAGAGGAUGAGGACGAAUCUGUUGCAAGUGUGUGAACGCAUCCCCACCAUUGGGACGCAGCUCAAGAUCCUGUCCACAGUGAAGGCCACCAUGCUCGGGGCUCAGGAGUGCUUCCCUCGACGUGAAUCGGAGAUCGAGAUCCUGAUUGGGUCCAGCUCAGAGGAGGACCAGGAGGCCACGGAGAUGCUGGUGGGCAACGCGCAGAACCUGAUGCAGUCGGUAAAGGAGACAGUGCGCGCCGCAGAGGCCGCUUCCAUCAAGAUCCGCACGGACGCCGGCAUCAGGCUGCGCUGGGUGCGCAAGCAGCCAUGGUACCAGUACUAGUGCACCACUCUGUUGCUCGGCUCUGCUUUGUGUAUUACUCUACCCACAACUUGUAUAGAUAUGCAGUAUACACAAGUAUAUAGCAAAAAUAAAAGAGGUCUAUUUUAUAUUGAAUUCAAAGAAUAUAUUAUAGCUGUCUGAUGGGCAUUAUUAUUUAGCUAUCAAGUCUGCUGGAUUUACUGUGUCUGGGGGACUGUGCAGGCACUGCCCUGCCAGGGACCUUGUGUGUUUGGAGGACUGUGCAGGCACUGCCCUGCCAGGGACCUUGUGUGUCUGGGGGACUGUGCAGACACUACCCUGCCAUGGACCUUGUGUGUCUGGGGGACUGUGCAGGCACUGCCCUGCCAUGGACCUUAUGUGUCUGGGGGACUGUGCUGGCACUGCCCUGCCAGGGACCUUGUGUGUCUGGGGGACUGUGCAGGCACUGCCCUGCCAGGGACCUUGUGUGUCUGGUGGACUGUGCAGGCAGUACCCCAGGUCAGAUCCUUGGCAGGGACCUUGUGUGUUUGAAAGACUGUGCAGACAGUGCCCUGAGGGAGGUACCUGCCGGGAUCCUUGUGUGACAGGGAGGCUGUGCAGGCAGCACCUUGGGGCAGGUACUUGGCAGGGAGCUUGUAGCUAAAUGGUGUGCCCAGAGAGAGGGAGUGGUCUCCCACCUGAGGUCACAAGGUCAGGUUUGUGAGAGGGAAAACAGUUGACAAUGUAGACAGUGUUAAGUUGACUUGAAAUGUUACACUCUUCACAGAGUAGCUUGUGUUCUGUUUGAACAUGUACACAGUAAACACUGCCUUAAUACUGUAUAAUGAAUGUCCUUGUAAAUAAUUUUAAUCGUUUGCAAUAAGUGAUCAACUAAUAUGUAAGUUAAAUUUUUUGAUCUCCCAGAAGCAAGUAUUAGACAAGAAAUAAAACCAAUCACUGAUUCCAUCCUCCGUGGCAAACUGAAGCUGCAGGGAGCAGCAAACUCCCUGCACUGCAGUACGUGUCCAUUAACUUUCUGAUAGGUGAGGCUCCUCCAUGUGCUUGUUGUGUAUGUGCCAAAACAAUUGUCUUCCUCAUGAGGCGACAGUGCUAUCAGUUGAAUUGGAAGUAACGUCACUUUUUGCUAAAUUCUGGACUAUUUCGCGUUGUAACAUUAGACAUUUAUGCAGGCUCAUUAAAGUAUUGUGAACUGUGGGUCAAUGUAUGCAGUCUUGCUUCAUUUUUAGUUACGUAUUACCUUCAUCAGAUCAGAGCAUCUCCUUGCAGUCUUUGUGCAGGUUUGGCCUUUUGUUUUUUCCAAAAUUUUCAGGGAAUCCAUGCCAUAUCACUGUAGUUGUCCCAUGGUAGAGGUGUGGUAGACAGUCUGGUAGUCACUCACAGCCCCGGGUGAGGCGUUCAUGUAGGGAAGGCUACUGAGGAACAGUUUGUUACACAAGUGUCCCAAAGUAACAAAUACCAGUUUGCUGGAGAAGUAGACUUGCAAUAUUAGGUUAGGCCGUCUAUGCUGCGCGGCGCAGUGGGCUGCCGCUGCUGCCGCUGCCGCCACUGCUGUUGCUGCGGAUCGCAGGAGUCUUCUGGCAACCUUUGUGCAAAACUAACUGACUACUGUAGCUUAACACAUGACUAGUGUCUGUUCAUUGGUGCUUACCUUGUAGUCUGUCACACAACAAAUCUAUACCAGUGUAACGAAUAGGAUGAGAGUACCUACACUACAAUAGACUUAUGCUCAUUGAUUUAGGAUAAGGUGGAACUAAUAAGGGUAUAAUAUUGAGCUUGUUGAUAUGUAAUUUUUGUUGUGUUUGUAAUGAUUUGAGUGCCUUUAUGAUGUAAUUAAGAUGAUUUACCAUGACUUAAAUGUUUACACUCUUUUAUAGAUAUCAUUAUAGUACUUCAGUACUUCAAGAAGAAAGUUCAGGUUCCCACAAGUGCAUACUUUGAGUAGAGUGGUCAGCUGAUAGUGUUCCUAUUUUAAUUCUUAUGCUCCUCUCUGGUUGCAAUGCCCUAGUGAUUUAAGAAGCACUUACAAUCACGCUGAGGCCUUAUAUAGUUGAAGCACCUAAUGCCACUGGGAACAAGAGGUAUCAUACAGAGAAGCUCACACACCCAAAAGUAAGACGGUCAAAUUGUAACAUGUCCCAUUGUGCUGUGGCGUGGCACGCUGUGCACCCUGCAUGACAUGGUGGCUUGCCGUGCACCUUAGCGUCCCGUGGUGGUGCACUGUGCACCCUGGCGUGCUGUGACGGGGCGCACUGUGCACCCCAUUGUGCUUGGUGCUGGCCAGCCCAGAUGAGUCCCGUGCACAGAUUCUUUGCUCUCCUGGUGAUGCAGUGCUUCUGUCGUCCGCAUGUGUGGUUGCACAAAGGAGAAGACGAGAGUGCGGAGUGAGAUGAGGCGUGGCCCAGGGUAGACUUUGCCAGUGGCUGCCCGGCUCAUCUCACUCGUGCUUGGCUCUUUUCUCAUUUCUCAGUCCACAUAGAAAAGUUAUCUUGGUUCCAUUUUAAAUCUUUGACAUGCAAGAUCUGAUAUUUUAUAAAAAAAAAUAUAGUAAAUCCAUAUGA